CGUUGAGCGACCGUUAAUUCACUCUGUACACCACCCAGUCGUACUCCAGAAGCGCCCAAAGAGCACUCCACUACCUCUUCCUUGUUUGUAUCUUCUUCUACAUUGUCCUCUGCGGGAUACUUGGCGUGUGAAUCAGUGAAAGCAUUGAGAUGACUGACUUUGACGAACGGCUCCUUCGUGCCAUUACGGGAAACACUGGGGUAGAAAGCCACUUUGAGCCGGGUGACCGCCGCAAUCCCGACUCAGACCCCGACUCAGAUGACGGUCUGUCAGACGGUGAGGAUGCCGCAACAGAGUUCACUCCGGACAUGGACGCAACAACGACCCGCGCCAUGUCGGACGCCGCUCUUCGAAGAGCACUGGACAUAGGUGGUGCCAAAACAGGACCAAAGGGCGUAAUGGCCGACUAUAAAUUCCAUCAGCGACAGGAGCGUGCAAGACGAGAACUCAAGCAGCAGAAUGCCGUUAGUAAAUAUGAGAGCAAGGCUCUGAAAAGCGGUUGGUUAGCCAGACAAUUGGCCAGUGAAGAAACCCCACAAAAUCAAGGUGCAAGUGCUGAUGAUAUUAGCGCGGAGGAGCUUCUAGAGGAGCUGGAGAACGAGGAAGAAGACGAGUAUAUCAAGGAAUAUCGCCUCAAACGAUUACUGGAGCUCGCUCAGAAUGCACAACGACCACGUUUUGGAACCGUAGUGGAUCUUCAAUCUGCAGAUGACUACCUUUCCGCGAUUGAUGACGAAGAUCCAAGUGUGACAGUUCUAAUCCACCUUUAUCAGCCACGUAUCGAAGCUUGCCGAACUGCCAAUACUUUAAUGGACUUGCUUGCGCAGCGCCAUUCACACACAAAAUUCUGUCGAAUUUUGAGCCACGUAGCAGAUGAAGGCUUUGACCAAGUCGCUUUACCCGCAAUGCUGGCAUAUGUGGGUGGCGAACUGAAGGCAACCGUAAUGAGAGUGUUGGAUGAGGUGGAAGGAUGGAAACGUACGGGCAGGUGUACCGUGGAGGAGUUUGAAAAUGUUCUCACGGAAUGGGGCCUGUUGGAUGAAGUCUCCAUAGUUGGGGAGAAGCUUGGUGGCAUGUGCGUGGGUGGUGUAUGAGGUUUAGCUUCGCGCCCGAUUGAGCGGCUGCACGAGCAAUGAUGGGGGAUGGGAGUGCGCGAGUUACUUCCACGUCGUUAUUGAUUCAUCCAUCGGCUUCCAAUCAUGGCAUCAACUACUUUGCAACGAGCUCAAACCGUUUCUUUUGAAACGCGGUGGAUUCUCCUUGUGAAACAUUCCUGACUGUGUGAUAUUGGGUUUUGUCUCUCUGUCGUGCUCUACCGAGCUAUGUGGUAUGCUGUAGUUACCUGCACAUGCCGUCUAUAUCUGUGACCUAAUUUGAGCGGGCAUAACUGAUGGAGAUUUGCGUAAUAUAUUAGAGUGCUUCCUACUUUCCAAGUAGGAGCGACCAACCGUACAAUUUCUUAUCCUCGAAUUGAUUUUAUGACAGAUUUGCGACUGCUCGUCGGAAGCCGUUGCCCGAGGUAC